AUGGCGGCGUUUAUUCUCGACAAUGACACACUCUGGAGCGACCCUGAGGCGCUCGCCUUGCGGCCCAAGAAGAGGACGCGCAAGUGGGCGACAAAGAAGCGGACGGGCUGUUUAACGUGCAGGUGCGCCGUUGCCUCUAGAGAAUGCGUUGGUGUCGGAUACUCAGACCCGGUACCGGCCGGCGAGACCAACGAUGCCCUUGAUCCAGGAGCUCUGACGUCGUGGUUUCGCCAAACAGGACUGACGCACCAACCCGGCGUCACGGUCAGCCCUGCAGGCGUCAAGACGAGCGAGCAGGAGCUGAUGCAGUUCCACUUCCUCCGGCAGGUCGCCGCCUCCAGUAUGGCCGGCGUGUUCGACCAGACCUUCUGCUCGCGCGACAUGCUGCAGGCGACGAGCCUGCACCCGAUCGUGUGGCACGCCUCCUGCGCGCUGGCCGCCAUGUACCAGCGCGAGGCCCUCGCGGGCGCCACCAAGGGCGGCCGCGGCGCGGACGGGGCCGCGGUCGAGCGGCAGAGUCUGCGCAACUUUGCCCUGGAGCAGUACAAUGAGUCCAUCGCGGGCGUGGUCGCCGUCCUGAAGUCGGCAGAGCUGUCUAGCCUCGAUCUGGAGGUGCUGCUGACGACGACGCUGCUCUUCACGGCGAUUGCGAGCUUGCAGGGCGACGUGCCGGCGGCGGUGAUGCACGUCAUCAACGGACAGCACAUGCUGCAUAGAUGGAAGAAGAAGGUCGAUUCUGCGCAGGCGACAAGUACGGGGAGCGGGCGGUACGAACCCAGCGGGCUCCUGACUCCCAACUGCGUCGAGGCGGUCAUGGGUCGCAUGGUAAGCCAGUCGUCCAACAUCCGCCGCAGGCCGUGGUCCGAGGAUUACUACAAGGCCCUGGAGACCCCCGUCAUCUCCGAAGACCCCUUCCACUCCCCGGAAGACGCGUACUACGAGUUCGAGCCGCUGAGCAAGGCGUACUUUGAGCUCGGGGAGAACAACAAGUUCAUCCUCGACCCGGCGCAGAAGCAGCCACCACCCCGAGUACGGAGCGCGUACGCGGCGGCGCUCGCCGCGUGGACCGUCAAGUUCGACGCCAUGCGGGCGCGACCGGGCGGGGUCGCGGACACGCCGCGCGGCAGGGAGGCGGUGCUCGUGCUGCAGGCGCGGCAGAUCUGCAUGGCCAUCGAGGUGCAACGGGACCCGGGCGGCCCGGAGACGUCGUGGGACGCGUUCGACGCGGACUUUGCGCGGAUCGUGGCGCUCGCGGACCGCCUGGGGGCGGAGGCCGGGCGGCGGCGCGUCUUCUCCUUCUCGUCGUCGGUGAUGGACGUGCUGGUGCUGACGGCGACGCGCUGCCGGGAGCGCGGGGUGCGGAGGCGGGCGCGGGAGCUCCUGCGGCGGCAGGACGCGCGCGAGGGCCUGUGCAACAGCCGGCUCGGGUUCGCCAUCGCGGCUGAGUGGGCGGACAUUGAGGAAGCGCCGGGGCGGGGGCGGCGGCGGCGGCGGGACGCUGAGGAGGAGGAGGAGGGGGGGGAGGGUGAUGAGGAUGGGUGCGAUUGCGAGGAGGACGGGUUCAUCUGCAACGACCAUCGCGUGGCGGCGCUGGCGGGCGAGUUUCGCGUGGACGACGUGGGCACCAUGACGUACUGGACAAAACGAGCGCUGGAUCGAGGGCUUCCGGGGGAGCCACCGCUCUAUAAAGGCACCAUCCCGGAGCAUUUCGCCGCCACCGUCUCCCAGCAUGGUGACCGUCCCGCCGUCAUCGCCCGCUCCCCCACGCCCUCCGCCCACGAGACCGCCCUCAGCUACUACGAGCUCGACCUGCUCUCCAACCGGCUCGCCUCGUCCCUCGCCUCCCUCGGUGUCGUCAAGGGCGACCGCGUCGCCGUCUCCCUCGGCAACGGCGUCGAGUUCGCCGCCCUCACCUACGCGCUCUUCAAGCUCGGCGCCGUCCUCGUCCCGCUGAACCCGAGCUUCAACGCCCAGCAGGUCACCGCCGCGCUGCGCCACCUCGCCGUCGAGGUCCUCGUCAUCGGCGCCGUCGCCGACACCGCCUACCGCCCGGGCCGCGGCCGCAGCAACGAGCCGCUCCUCGAGGCCCUCGUCGGCGGCGACCUCCGCGGCGGCCGCGGCGUCGCCAACCCGGACCUGCCGCAGUUGCAGACGGUGCUGGUCGUGGACAACCGCAUCGGCCACCCGGGCGUCAAGUUUGAUCUGGAUGCGUGCCGCCGCGUGUUGACGCCGUACCGCCAGCUCCUCGACAACGCGUCGGACCGGCCCGUCAAGCCGUCCGAGCCGCUCGCCGCGGACGACACCAUCAACAUCCAGUUCACCUCGGGCACCACGUCGACGCCCAAGGCCGCGCAGCUCACGCACACCGGAAUCCUCAACAACGGCCUGCUCAUCGCGCACCGCAUGGGCCUCGACCCGGGCGACCGCAUCGUCGUCCCCCCGCCGCUGUUUCACUGCUUCGGCUCCGUCCUCGGCUACAUGGCCACCGCCACCACCGGCGCCGCCAUCCUCUUCCCCAGCCCUGCCUUCGACCCCGUCGCCACCCUCCGCAUGUGCGUCGACCAUGACGCCACCGGCCUCUACGGCGUCAGCACCAUGCUCGUCGCCGUCCUCGAGGCGCUCGACUCCAGCGGCGGCAAGCCUCCGCAGCACCUACGCAAGGGCAUCGUCGCCGGCAGCUCCGUCCCCGAGUCGCUGAUGCGCAGGAUCUACGACCGUCUCGGCCUCGGAGACCUCGUCAUCUGCUACGGCAUGACCGAGACCAGCCCGGUCAGCUGCAUGACGCGGCCGUCGGACGCGCUCGCCCUGCGCUGCGCCUCGGUCGGCACGCCCAUGCCGCACACGGCCGUCAAGGUCGUCGACCCGCGCGACCGCUCCCGCGUGCUGCCCGUCGGCGAGCGCGGCGAGCUCGCCGCCGCGGGAUACCUGGUCAUGAAGGGGUACUACGGCGACGCCGCGCGCACCGCCGAGGUGCGCGUCGCCGACCGCCGCGACGGCACCGUCUGGAUGUACUCGGGCGACGAGGCCGAGAUGGACGCCCAGGGGUACGUCCGCAUCACGGGCCGCAUCAAGGACCUGAUCAUCCGCGGCGGCGAGAAUAUUCACCCGCUCGAGGUGGAGGACUGCCUGUUCCAGAUGCCCGGCGUCAAGGAGGCGAGCGUCGUCGGCCUGCCGGACGACAAGCUCGGUGAGUGCGUCGCCGCCUUUGUCGUCCCGCGGCAGGGCUGGGACGUCGAGGGCGGCGGCCGCGCCGGCGGCGGCGGCGGCGACGAGGGGGUGCUCACGACGGAGGCGGUGCGCGAGUGGGUGCGCACGAAGCUCUCAAGCCACUUGGUGCCCAAGCACGUCUUCUGGGUCGACGAGUACCCCAAGACGGCGAGCGGCAAGAUUCAAAAGUUCAAGCUGCAGGAGCAGGCCAAGACGCUGCUGGCGGCGCAGGGAUCAGAGAGGCAGAACCAGGCGGCGACAUGA